UAUUGACGGGCGUGGUCUCGGAGGCCGAGCCAUCACCACCAGGCUGCACCACAAUCUGUUUUCGGGGACCAAUUGCUCUGAUGUCCAUAUAAUAACCACGCUGUCAAGACUAUCCAAACGAAAUGGAGCGCAAAAACUCUUGCAAGACGAGUCUCCAUCCCCACAGGGCGUCAAAGUUUAGGGCUUACGAAUCGUCGCAAGAGUUUCGAUGGAUGUCUCCAGCGCCAAGGAGACGAGCGCAUGGAGAUGAGCCGAGAAGCGCAGCGUGUGCUAAAUUUGACAGGGCAGCCGAGGGAGCUUGGAGGGGCCCGGGGAGGCUUGCUGCACAGAUUCGGAAUAGAUCUCGACCGAAAUUCCUGAUUUGCCUUUCCGGAUGCGGAACAUGCAAGCCUAGUCUGCUUCCGAAGUGGGUAACCAGAGGAUUGCGAGUUGUGAGGUAUUAUUGUAGGAUUAGUUAACUGCGCCAACAUUAAAAGAAGAAGAAGGAAAAAAAGAAGACGAAGGGAUGGAACUGAUGGAAGAUGAAGAAGUAAUAGAUGGAUUGUCUGUCGGCAAAGGCAAACAUGGCUGCAAGCAUUACAGGAGACGAUGUCGGAUCCGGGCUCCGUGCUGCAAUGAGAUUUUUGAUUGUCGUCACUGUCACAACGAAGCAAAGAACACUAACGAGCUUGAUGAUUCGGAGCGCCAUGAAAUUCCAAGGCACCGUGUUGAGAAGGUCGUUUGUUCGCUUUGUGACUACGAGCAAGACGUAAAGCAGGUGUGUGAGCGUUGUGGGGUUUGCAUGGGUGACUACUAUUGUGACAAGUGCAAGUUCUUCGACGAUAAGACGGAGAAGAAGCAGUAUCACUGUGAUGCUUGUGGAAUAUGCAGAAUUGGUGGUCGAGAAAACUAUUUUCACUGCGAUCGUUGCGGCUCCUGUUAUUCAAAAUCGCUUCAGGAUGGACAUCCUUGUGUGGAGAAUGCUAUGCACCAGAAUUGUCCCAUAUGUAUAGAGUACCUGUUUGACUCGGUGAUGGAUAUCGCUGUGUUGCCUUGUGGUCACACCAUGCACCAAGCUUGCCUCCGACAGAUGAAUCGACAUUCUCAGUUUUGUUGUCCGAUCUGCUCCAAAUCCACUCAAGACAUGUCAAUGUACUGGGAACGGCUGGAUGAAGAAGUAUUCUUGACCCCAAUGCCUGAAGAAUAUCGUCAUAAGAAAGUUUGGAUUCUAUGCAAUGACUGCGGAACAACUAGUGAUGUCAAUUACCACGUAAUAGGUCAGAAAUGCCCAGAAUGUGGGUCAUACAACACACGGUCUACAUGUGCACCGUCAACAGGCAGACUCGCUGAACCAAUGUCUCCUGAUGGAGUCUCACCUGAAUCCGUUGGGCCGAGUAUCUCAACCUCAGUUGGAUCUCUGCCAAAUGAGAUGGGUACGUAGAAGCAUGGAUCCUGAGUUGGAAGUAGAGCAGAUGAAUGUGUGCUCUCAAUUAUGGGUGUCUCAAACGACUUGAUUUGUUAGUAUUUGGAGGUUAGUAAGCAGCUGUAGUGAGCAAAGAUGACAACAAUCAAUUGUUUCCUCUCCUGGUUGUAUGAUAUCCGCUUUGUUGAUACAUCACCAAGUGUAGCUUAAAUUCAGAAGCAGCGGGAUAUGCCAGGAGAACACUAUUCUUUUAUCUAUGGACUGGAAGGUUAGGAGUGGAAUGGAUAAGUUAAGAACAAGAAUAGACAGUGUUGUUUAAAUCUGAUCGAGAGUAGCAUAUUGAAGUCCAGGUUUUAGCCACAUGUAAAUCCUCCUAGGCUGUUUUGCACGGAGUCUCUAAUCUCCCUGUGGAAGGCCCAAACUGUGUCUUUCCUCCAUCUGCACUGUACACAGUACGGUGUACAAAGCAGGUAACAUUCUCUUAAAUGGUGAUGGGAUCAAGUGCACCGUCCUGACAAAAAUCUUCCUUUCCUAGGUAUUCUCUUUCUCA